AUGGCGGCCGGUGGCGGGGCCCCGCUGCCCGGCCUGAGCCCCGUGAGGGGACAGAGCGCUGGCACAGCCGCCUCAGCCCGGGUCACCUUGGCCCUGCCCGGGCCCGCGUCCCCCGGAGCGCGCCCUGCAGCGCAGAACGCGGCCUCGGAGCCAGGAGCGGGGCCAAUGCCCUCGGCUCGGCAGCGGCGCCGGGAGGCGGCGGGCGGUGCCCUCAGGAAACGGGAGCUGGGCACCGAGACACUUUGUUACCCUAGAAGGGACGAGUUUCUUUGUAUUUAUUUCCUGAGGCACUGGAACGAUUUGGGUCUCAGCUGGCAUAGGGCAGGAAAAAUCAUCCAGCUCCUCCCAUCUUUGCCAGAAGCUUUGGUGUUUGGGCAGCCAAAGGCAAGAGGCUUCAGCACCAGGCUCUGCCCUGGAGGGCUCUGGUCCUGCCCACGCUGUGGGGCUGUCCUUGCUGGAGCACCCUGGUCCCUGCCAUCCCCAAGCCCUGGGACACGGAGGGAGCCCUGUCCCAAGUGGCUUUGGCACCUUGGCAGGGAUGUGGCAGCAGCCCCAGAGCAGCUGGAGGAGAAAACCUCCCAGCAGAGACAGAUUGCAGUGGAGGCCAGAGUUGUGUUUGGAGCAGGGAGUGCUGAGAGCUGCAUCUGCCUGUGCUGCCACAGCCUGGGAACAGCCUGGGAAAAGGGACUGGGGGAUUUCUGGUGCCCCAGUGAGAAGAACACAAACUCAGCCCUUCAGCCUGACAGGCCCCUCCACCCAGAGCUCAGCACACAUCCUCAGAGCAGCCAGCAGGGAAGGGACAAGAGGAUCCCUGUGGGAUGAGACUGGAGAGAGCGAGCAGAGGAGCGGCCUCGGGCUGGAGAAAGGCAAAGGGACCAAUGUGGUGUCACCAGGGCACCUGUGAGGAACAGAAUGGACACUUGGAGGCCACAUGGAGGAAGGGGAUGCACAGCUCUGUCUGCAGCACACCUCCAGUGGGGCCUACCUGUGAAAGCUUUCCUUCACUUGUGCACUUGCUGCUGGAUCCCUGAAAAACUCCAAACUCCAUCCCACUGAUUUUCAGGUAUCUCUGAGGGCUACUGCCUGGGAUUCAGUAUCUGUGGGGGAAGAUUGCCUGGGCUUCAAUGCUGCUGAUGGAUGAUGGCCUCAGGCUGGGGAGGAGGGAAGGGAUUUGGGGUGGCUGGGACAUACCUGCAGCUGUGUGGGAGCUCUGAACUGGGAAUUGCUGUGUGAGCCCCUCUGCAAACAGCCUGUGCCUCCAUUCCCUGGUAAUGCCAGCUGCUCCUUGGGGUCCUUCUGGGCUCUUGGUGCUCUCUGUGUGGGCUGGAGCAUUUCCACAUGCCUGCUCAGAGCGGGCCCAGGAGCCACGGUGCAGGCACAGCUCCUCCUGCAGAUCCCACAGACACGAGGGGCUGCUGCCUUCAGGAGCUUUGGCUCCUCCUGCCCUGCGCUCCCAGCCAGCUGGGACACGCUGGGGGAACACCAGGGAGCACGGCUGGCAGCGAGCAGGAGACACCGAGGCCUCUGGGGCCAGAAACAGCCCCGGCCUCAGCAGCCGCCAUCGCUUUGGCCUGGCGGCGCUCACCUGCAGGAAAGGCCGCCUGCCACUCUCCAGAGGAACUUUGGCCACGGAGCAAGGUCACCCUCAGGACUUGUCUUGUUCACUUCUUCUGGGGAAGCAGAGGGACAUUGUGUGAGCACGUUUCCAGCUGCUGGGUAAAUCCUGGAAAGGGCAGAAAAAUCAGGGUCACGGGGAAGGGUUUGGUGCUGACAUGUUGAGUGCCAGCCAGUUGUGCCCUACGGCCAUUGCAGGGGCUGGUGUGUAAAGCAGCAUUAGCAGAAGGGAAGGAGCUGCAUUUGCAGAGGAGUUCUCUUACUGGCAGCAGUCAUUCCCAUCCCACACAGGGCCUUUGGAACAGCCCUGGGAUUGGCCCAGGUGUUUGGAGCAGGGUGCUGAGAUGACCAGAAUUCUGUGUUCAAUGUGCAGCUGGGCCAGUCAGUUCUCAGCGUUUGACUGCUCUGGAAAUAAAGAACAAACAGUUUUCACUGUGUUUUU